AUGUCGGACUCGAGCUCCUCCUCGUCAUGGCUCUCGACACUUUCAACACCCAACGGAAGGAACGCCCUGAUUCUAGGAUCUGUAGCCGUUGGUUCAUCAAUCGCAACAGCUGCCGCAAUCUUCGCUACUCAACGGAUCACACGCAAGAAGAAACGUCAAGACCUCUCAGAUUCGGUUGCCAAGACGGCCAACACACAAGGAGCUGACCGACUCCAGCGCUUCGAUUUACACCAUGAUGAAGCAACCUCUUCCACCGACGGCGGCACACCACGCUACCUUUCCGGUAUUCCGAGCAAUUCUCUACGUCCUACAUCCCAUCUCCGCAAUUCAACUAGCUUCUCACUGCCACAAUCCCCUCUGGGGCCAUCACGGGCUGAUACAAUAGCACGCAACGACACCUUCUCACGCAAUGACACUUUCUCACGCAACGACACAUUCUCACGCAACGACACAUUCUCACGCAAACGUCAGCCAUCGGUGGAGCAAUGGGAUGAGAGUCUCAUUCGCGAACAGCUCUCACGCAACUACAGCUUCUUGGGCGAGGAUGGGAUGAAGGCUAUUCGAAACUCAUUCGUCAUCGUUGUGGGCGCAGGUGGUGUUGGAUCUUGGGCAGCACUCAUGCUUCUGAGGUCAGGUGUAUCCAAGCUUCGACUCAUCGACUUCGACCAAGUCUCGCUAUCAUCACUCAACCGCCAUGCAUGCGCUACUCUCCAGGACGUAGGUCGACCAAAAGUGGUCUGCUGCGCCGAAAUGUUCGCUCAAAUUGCUCCUUGGGCCAAGCUCGAAGCCUGGGUCGAGCUCUUCCGCGCCGACGAGGCAGAGCGUCUUCUCGGCGGCAACCCAACCUACGUGGUUGAUGCUAUCGACAACAUCGAUACAAAGGUCGACCUUUUGCGCUUCUGCGCAGAACGAAAGAUCAAGGUCAUUAGCUCCAUGGGUGCUGGUGCAAAGAGCGACCCAAGUCGUAUUCAGAUCUCUGAUAUCAGCGUCACUUCAGAGGAUCCGCUGGCACGUAGCGUUCGUCGCCGUUUGAGAGCGCUUGGCCUGCCGCCCAUCCCGCCAAAGGAGGUGGAGGAGAAGGCUAAGCGUCAAGCUGACCAGCUCGAAAAGGCUCAGAUGCAGACCCGCCCUCCUCCUCCGAACAACCAGCAGAAAGGAAACAAGGCGGGCAAGAAGGAUCAACUCGACCUAGCACCAGCCAAGGCCGAUUUGGAUCGCACCCCUAUCAAGGCCAGCGCCAGCAAAGCCGCCAGUAGUAGCAGCAGUAGCGCUGCCUCCUCACCCAAGCUUCCAUCCAGCGCACUCAAUAACGGCAAUCGUCUGCAGUCUGGAUCUCUGCAACCUCGUCACAACCGUCACAUGACGUCCUCACCUUCCCCGCUAGCAUCUCAAAGUGGUUGUGCCACUGAUCUCACCUCUCUCAACGUCUCCACCUCAAGCAGUGCAACCAGCUCGCGUGCAGUUUCGAGCGCACUUGCUCAAGCUCCUCGUCAUGGUAGACGAGCGAGCAGCGUCUCGUCAUUUGGUUCCGGUGCGUACGCGACACCGAUGACAACGCCAUCCGACGAAAUGGCUGCUCUGUUGCCAGAUGAUGACAGCCAGGAUUCCAAUCUCAGACCACUGGACCAAGAUGAUCAAGAUGCGGGCGACGAUAACAAGGAGCCAGCCUUGACCUCUGUACCGCUGGACCGGCAUGCAUCUCAAAACAGUGCCGCUGCCUCAGACGCUACAGCAGUCGACCUUGCAGCACACUCUGCACCUCGCUCGCAGAUGACCGACACACUUGGACGACGUGUCUCUGAAGUAGAAGAGCUCUCACCUUUGCCGUCCAACUCUUGUCCGGCUCUUUCUCGCUCUGCUUCGUUCAAGCGCUCGCUUGCCUCUACACCAGCAGAGCCUGCAAAGGUCGAAUUUACAGAACCAACGCUGUUCAUUCCUUGCGUCUACUCGACCGAGAAAUCGGAUACACGUCUCCUGCCACUCGAUCAAGAAGAGUUGCAAAAGGGAAAUGUUGACGAGCUUGCUGCCCUCGAAGAUUUCCGCGUUCGUAUCCUUCCUGUCCUUGGUCCUUUGCCCGCCAUGUUCGGUCUGGCGAUAGCUACAUUUAUCCUUAACGAGAUCGGUGGUCAGAAGAUGGAACCACUCGCUUUCAAAGGUCGUCGUAAGCUUUAUGAGAAACUCUUCCAGGAUUUGUCAGUUUCGCAAUCGCGUUAUCCUUUGCCGGGAACAAAGCCAGUUGAGGAACAAGGCAACGCAGGACCUCGACACUACAUUCCGUUUAGCGUCAAUGAUAUUGCUUACUUGUUCGAAGAAGUCUUCCGUGGUAGAAGCAUCGUUCCUCCAUUUGACAGCUUGUCCGGUGCUCAGUUGGAGAGGUGGGAUUCGACUUUGCCAUUGAGCUUCCAGAAUGUUGCUUUGUUCUCCAGGGCACAGGCCAAGGUGCAUGAGGCAGAAGUUUUGAAGAAAGGUAGAAGCCCCUUUGAGGUUUGGGGUCCCGACGCUGCCAACAUGAUGAAGAGAAGGAUGGCGAGUGAACGUCGAAGCGGCUUCUUUCGUUUCUGA